GAGCUCCUGGUGGGGAGGGGGUAGGGGGUGGGAGACGGCGACUCACUGCUGCCUUUGCUGCCAACAGAUUGCCGGCUCAUUACCCUAACACCACAGCUUGAGAAAGGGACAGUGUGAUCACACUGUCAAUGCUCCCAUGGAUCUGCCAGGCGAUGACAUCCGAAGAAACUGAAGGAGGUUAUCUCACCCUGUAGCAGGCUGCAGUUGCAAGGAGGCUGGUCAAGGAAGAGGAAGCGGUGAUUUAAAAAAAAAAGGACAAUCCGGGAUCGUUUUGUUUUGAGUGGAAGAGGAGGUUUCUGCCCAGGAUUUUGAGUGAGAAGGGGGUGGGGUGGGAGGUCUCGUAUGGAUCUGCCCCCAGGCCGCCCGGGCUCUCCCAACAUGCUGACCGCUCUGAGAGACUCCCUGCUGCUAGUGCUCGCCUGCGCCGGCCUGGCGCUGGCCCAGAACGACACCGAGCCCAUCGUCCUGGAGGGCAAGUGCCUGGUGGUGUGCGACUCGAACCCGUCGUCGGACGGAGCGGUCACCUCCUCGCUGGGCAUCUCCGUGCGCUCAGGGAGCGCUAAGGUGGCUUUCUCCGCCGUCCGCAGCACGAACCACGAACCCUCCGAGAUGAGCAACCGGACCAUGACCAUCUACUUCGACCAUGUCUUAGUUAACAUCGGGAACCAUUUCGACACAAGGUCCGGCACUUUCGUGGCGCCGAGAAAGGGCAUUUACAGUUUCAGCUUUCACGUGGUCAAGGUGUACAACCGACAGACGAUCCAGGUCAGCUUAAUGCAAAACGGCUGGGCUGUCAUUUCUGCUUUCGCCGGGGAUCAAGAUGUGACCCGGGAGGCCGCCAGUAACGGAGUGCUGCUGAACAUGGAGAGAGAGGACAAAGUCUAUUUAAAGCUCGAGAGAGGCAACUUAAUGGGAGGAUGGAAGUACUCGACGUUUUCUGGCUUUUUGGUAUUCCCUCUAUAAAAGGGAGAUGCCAAUCCAUUUUUUUUCUCCCUGAGGACCAACUCUCCCGUGUACAUGACCGCUAUUUGCAACGGAACCAGAUUAUUAGACCAAAAAAAACCCCAUCCAAACUGCUAAGUAGGGGCAGACUAACCUACCGAUUAGAGUAAUUUCUUUGAAUGCUGACAAUCGCCAUGGCCAGCGUGGUCCGAAGUAGUUCUGGCGACAGGUGCUCUCUAUAGGAAUAUCAAGUGAAUUUAUUGACAGCGACAGACUACUGGCUAGACAAAUCAAGCUGGAUUUUCUCACGGGCGGAUAUCACUGAUCUAAAGAAAGCGAAUCGUGGUGGACUUUGCUCGGUUGAAACAGCCGUAAUUUAAACACACACAAAAAAUACAAGUUAGAGAUUUUUUGUUUGUUUGAUUUCAAUGUUCUAGCAAUGCUUUCUUUCGUGUUCGUAUUUAGCCUUAAGUAAAGAACAAGUCCAAAUUUA